AUGCAGCCUAAACUAGACCCGGUCCUCGACACCGACAUCAACGCCAACACUGAUGGUCUCAUCCUUGUCCUGCGAUUACCCAACCCGUGCAAUCAACCGCUGCUCCCCGAAACCAUCAUAACGCAACUCAAACAAGCAAGUCCGGUCUUUGCGCAAAAGAAUCAUAACUAG